GCCAUGUUGAGUCGCAAAAUUGCGUAGUUAUACUUUUUACUUGAUAUUCAAUUAGUUAUUCUCAACAUGCAAAUCUUUAUCAUUGGAACCUUUUCGUAGAGAUAAAAGGCGUUUACAUCUGGAAAUGGACAUUACUACGUGGAUUAAACUUUUCAAACAGAUGAUAUGAACAUUAUCCUAAGAUGCUGAGUAAUUCAGAUCUACGCAAACUCGAUCGCAUACGUAGGGAAAUCAUUUCCCGCCAAAACCCGUUCACUUUAAAUAAAGUACGCUUACUAUUACUUUUGACUAUUAAAUCAAGCCAUGGACCCUCUGGACAGCGCCCAGGAUGUUGUACACUGCACCAGGUGUCAAACUCCUGAAAACCCCGUGUACUGUGAAAUUUGUCAUUUAUACUGGUGCAAAGGCUGUGCAGAAAAUCAUUAUAAAAUUCAUCAUGAGGUACCACUAAAGCAAACCUAUACCAAUCUGAAUUAUCCUAAGUGUAGAAGCCAUUCAACAAAACAAUGUGAACUUCAUUGUGAACAAUGUGAUGUUCCCAUCUGUGAACAAUGUAUAUCUGAAGAACAUUCAGGACAUAACCAAGUAGACAUUUUAAAAGUCUUUCAAAGUAAAAAUAAGGCUUUAAAAAAAGAGUUGCAAGAAUUAGAAGAAUUAAUUUAUCCUAAAUAUCAAGAGAUUGCAUCCAAUCUCCAAGUUCAGAAAGUCGAUCUGAGUAAAAACUCUAAAAAAUUGAUAACAGCUCUCAAUAAACGAGGAAUGCUUUGGCAGAGAGAAAUAAACACCAUUGUCAGAAACUUACAAUCUGACAUCGAAAAAGAAGAAUCUAAAAGCCUUGAUAUUAUAAAAAAACAGGAGAAUAAAAUUAAGCGAACAAUUUCGGAAAUAACACACAGUAUUGAUGAAAUGAGAAAGUUACUUAAUUUUCAAGAUAUUUUUCUCGUCCCUGAGUACAAAUCUCGGAAUGAUGAAUUCAAAAGACUGCCUCCAAAAUUUCAGGCAUCUUUACCAAAAUUCACACCUCCAAAAAUCAACAGAGAUCGGUUGAGUGAACUAUUUGGUUCUCUGUCAGAUUUAUCGUUUACGAUAGAGGAAGGUGAGUACAGCAUGCAGACCAAGGAAGGCAAGUCAACUCCGCCAGACUGGGCACUGAUGGAUGUACCCUUGAUGUUAACAACAAUAAACACAAGUAAUGACUGUGGACUCUACGGUGUGACCUGUCUUAAUGAUGAGAAAAUAUGGACUUGUGGUAAUAACAAGAUCAUGGAACUAUACAAUCUACAAGGGAGACUGGUGAAAUCAAUUCAAACCGAAUCAGGAAACAGGCCACAGGACAUAGCAGUGACUAAGAGUGAUGAUCUUGUUUAUAUUGAUGACAUCGAGAAAACUGUGAACAUAGUAAAGAAUACAAGUAUAGAAACAAUGGUCGUAUCACCUGGGUGGAUACCUCGCUACGUCUGUAGUACCUCCUCUGAUGACCUUCUGGUUGUCAUGGACCAUGCCGCUAAACAAACAAGGGUUGUGCGUUACUCUGGAUCUACAGAAAAACAAAUCAUUCAAUUCCAUAACGAAAGACAUCAACUCUAUUCAUCUGGUGGAUAUAAAUACAUUAGUGAGAACAGGAACCAAGAUAUCUGUGUGUCAGACUACGAAGCCAGUGCAGUAGUGGUGGUCAAUCAGGCCGGGAAACUUCGGUUUAACUACACUGGUCCUUCAUCUACUCAUGAGAGAUCAUUUUUUCCAAGCGGCAUCACAACAGACAGCCAGGGUCGGAUUUUGACAGCAGAUUGUAUAAACCAGUGUAUCCACAUCCUGGAUCAGGACGGACAGUUCCUCCGCUACAUAGAGAACGGUGAUUUACUUGGUCCAUUCGAUUUAAGCGUGGACACCAAAGACAACCUCUUUGUGGCUUUGUGGUCAACAGGAAAAGUGAAAAAACUCCAGUAUUGCAAGAACAAUAAUGCAACUGAAUUACAAUAACAAUAGAUAUUGUGUGAUGAAGAAGUAAUAACCACAACAACAAUACAGCAACUUACAAUAGGCGAUAUGAACAUGAAGGAAUAAAGCUGAUAGAGUAACUAAUUAACAUACCACGUGACUUUAUUUAUUGCUUAAUCUUUCACCAGGUGAAGGAAGAGUUAUCGAUCAGAAAUAAAAUCCGUUGAUUAUGCACCGUACAAUUAACGCAUUCACAUAAAUUAAGUUUUAUGACACGUAAAGUCACGUCGAACACGCUUACUGAAAUCUGAAACAGACA